AGAGGAGUAGCAGAGUCCCCGAGGCUUCCAGGAGGCUGGAGUCGAAUGAGGCUUCACUGGGGUUGCGGAGGCUGCAGCUCACCGCUCCAGCCAACAGCGACAGGUACUCUGGCCUUAUAAUGGCUGCUUCAGAUGAACUCAAGUUUCGUGAAUUUAAUGAAGCCAUGGAUUUGCUGGCUGGAAAUGCUGAUGCUACUACUCCUAGCAUUAAUGAGAGCCAAAGCCACAUAACUCUCAACAUGUCUUCCAGCUGUAAUGAGGAAUAUGAGCCAGAUGAAGAGGAUGACAAAACUGAGCUCUUGAGCUUCCAGAAGAAGCAAUCCAGUUUCUGGACAUUUGAAUAUUACCAGGCCUUCUUCAAUGUUGACACGUAUCAGGUGCUGGACAGAAUAAAAGGCUCCCUAUUUCCGCUACCAGGGAAAAACUUCGCAUGGCAUCACUUGCAGAACAAUCCUGACCUCUAUGGACCUUUCUGGAUCUGUGCCACAUUGGUAUUCACAUUAGCCAUCAGCGGUAACUUAUCUUACUUCCUGGAAAAAAGAGGGAGCUCCUCCUUCCACUACAGCCCUCAAUUCCACAAAGUGACUAUUGCAGGCAUAGUUAUCUAUUGCUAUGCCUGGCUGGUACCCUUAGGUCUGUGGGGCUAUCUACAUUGGCGAAAGGGAGCCCAUGUCACCACUGAUGUGUAUUCUUUUCUGGAAAUGGUGUGCAUUUAUGGCUACUCACUCUUUGUGUACAUUCCUACUGCGAUUCUGUGGCUAAUCCCUAUCCCAUGGCUGCAGUGGCUCCUGAUCAUAGUUGCAAUAGGGUUGUCAGGCUCAGUUCUGGUCCUUACCUUCUGGCCAGUUAUCCGUUCAGAUAGCAAGCCAGCUGCUUGUGUUAUAAUGGCCAUUAUUGUUUCUCUUCAUAUCCUUCUAGCUAUUGGAUGCAAGCUCUAUUUUUUUCAGAAACCAAGGAUCACAUCUUCUAUUCCUAUUGCUUAUACAACAGCAACUCACAGCAGAAGCAUACACCCUCAUCUACUGCAGCAGAGGGAAAAGGAAUCUGAUAACACCCUGCGCUAGACUUUGAAAAAUAUGCA